AUGGCCAGUCCCCAUACCCAGGCCAGCAUCACAGAGUUCAUGCGCUUGGCCGAAGCCAUCGGCCUGGACCUCUCUUGCCCUACACCGACCGACCAGACAUCAACCCUGGAAGACCUCAAGGCCGAGCUGCAUGACCACAUGGCCCAGAUCCGCUCUAGACUAUCAGACUUGGAGCCUCGUGUGGAGGCCAAUGCCACGGUAAUCACUGCAGUGCCAAUCGCCACUAGGGCUUCGCACCAAGACGAGGCGGAAGACCAGUGUGGUAUCUGUCACGAAGAGCUGUUCUGCGUCACUCAAGUUGCGAUCAAGCUCAAGAGCUGUGGUCACACCUCUCACCGCGACUGUUUGAUCAAGGCCUUCGAGUUCCGCAGCAAGGAUACUUGCCCCUACUGCCGUCAAGAAGUGCUGCAACGCACCGCCACGACUGAUGUGAGUGAGCUUGACACCUCGGUAAUUGAGGGCUUGGUGGAUCACCUGGGCCUCCGUGACAACCAGGUGCGCAGCUCGGUUGAGGGGGUUGCCGGUGGAGAUGAUUAUGAGAGUGUUAAUCCUACGAAGAGCUACGCCCACCAGCACAUGGGCCUCAGCAUGUACCUAGACGUGGACCUGUUCGACGGCCAUGCUCGGCGAGAGUCCGGUGUUGCGGAGUACGACUGCCUGCACCCCGUGGCUGCCACUGCCGUCUCUGUCGCUGGCCACGUUACCGCCGAUGUCAACGCUGUGGCUGAUGGAAGUGACGCGAUGAUUGAUGAGGGACGCAGGUUACACGUGCAAGAUGGAUUGCGCGCGUAA